GUUUCUCGGAAUCUCUUUGGAUUAUUCAUCUUCUCUGUCAACGUGUAUUCAGAACGAUGGCUGCUGAGUUAGAAAGCUUGGAGAAAUCUUUACAAAAGAAUGUCCCACCUCAAGAGUUGGCAGAUGUGUGGAGAAUUCUGUACGGAAAGGAACUUAGACAACUAGAGUUUCCAAAGGAGGCUAGAGAUUUAGCAGAUAAAAGACAGUUUGAAUUAAAAGGCAGUUGUUUUACUGCAGAAAAAGAAUCCCUCCGUCAACCAAGAAUUGUCAGAAUUGGUGCUAUACAAAAUCAGAUUAUUAUACCCACUACAGAGCCUGUACCAAAACAGAUUGAAUCUCUACACAACAGAAUAUCAGAGAUUAUAGAAGUGGCUAGUUUAUGUGGUGUCAAUGUCAUCUGUUUACAAGAAGCAUGGACAAUGCCAUUUGCCUUCUGUACACGUGAGAAACAUCCAUGGUGUGAAUUUGCUGAAUCAGCAGAAGAUGGAGCUACAACAAAAUUACUACAAGAGCUGGCAAAGAAAUACAACAUGGUUAUAGUGUCCCCUAUACUUGAACGUGACGCUGAUCAUGGAGAUAUUCUAGCAAACACAGCAGUGGUAAUCUCUAACACAGGACAGUACUUAGGGAAGUCAAGGAAAAACCAUAUACCUAGAGUAGGAGAUUUUAAUGAGUCAACCUACUAUAUGGAGGGCAAUACUGGACAUAAAGUAUUUGAUACACAGUUUGGUAAAAUUGGUAUAAAUAUUUGUUAUGGACGACAUCAUCCCUUAAAUUGGAUGAUGUAUGGGAUAAAUGGAGCAGAGAUUGUAUUUAAUCCAUCAGCCACAGUAGGAGCUUUGAGUGAACCUAUGUGGCCAAUAGAAGCCAGAAAUGCUGCCAUUGCAAAUCAUUAUUUUACAGUGGCUAUUAACAGAGUUGGAACAGAAGAAUUUCCCAAUGAAUUUACCUCAGCAGAUGGAAAAAAAGCUCAUAAAGAUUUUGGCCAUUUCUAUGGUUCCAGUUAUGUGGCUGCACCAGAUGGCAGUAGAACCCCGGGUUUGUCUAGAACAAAGGAUGGAUUACUGGUAGCUGAAGUAGAUCUGAACUUAUCUAGACAGAUCAAAGAUAAAUGGGGAUUUAGAAUGACACAAAGACUGGAUAUGUAUGCAACAGAAAUUAAUGAGGCUGUCAAACCUGACUUUAAACCAGAUAUAAUCAGAGAGAAAUAACUUGAUAGAGGAAGUGACACACAGUAUCUAGUCAGGAUCAUUCAUCAACUUUGAUAGUUGGAUGUGUGAACAUAUUUAGAAUAAAUACAGUCAGGGAAAUCUUCCAAAUAAAGGCCUUGUUUAAAACACUAUUUAUAUAAAUAAAAAAAUUGAAAAAGAAAUAAUAUUGUUUAGUAGAUGCAUACCUAUUAUGUAUUCAGAUACUUUGUUUUACCUUUUUUUCAAGUUCUAUUUUAUAAGAAUGAUAUAUGAAACAAAAUUAAUUAUGAGUUAAAUUUAUGAGUAAUAAUACCACGCAUGAAAUUGCUUAAAAGACCUUUAUUUUAAUUAUUUUAUUUUAUUAAUGAAUGUCAACUUGGUGAAGUAAAAUUUAAAAAAAAAAGAAAAGAAUGCGAUUAAUUAAGUGGCAUUUUGAUACUGUUGAUACUCUGUACUACCGAGCUACGGAGUCAUACUCAAGUAUUAGAUACCUGUUGACAUCCAUAAUUUCAUUGUAUUAAUAUAACCAGGUUUGAAGCAAUUUUUCUUCUUUCCAAUAACAAAGUUUAUUUUGGCAUUAAUAUGGGAGCGAUUUUUUUAAGUGAAAAUACGGAAGAAUGAUAAUUGUUUUAUGUUUUGUAUGUUAUAUUAAACCUAUUAAUCAGUUCAUUUUCAUUUUUGCUUUCCAUUUUAAUUAAAAUACACUUGAUCGGUUUUGGAAAUCUUAAGAGAGUAAUACAUUUGGUAUAAAACAUACAUAUAUUGCUGGCAAUUAGAUAACGCUAUCUUAGUGAUUACAAUGUCAGUUAUCAACACCUGAUUUUUGUCCUCAGAGGGAAGGCUGACACAAAUUAGAGAACAGUAACAAUAAAUAGCUCUGAAUGAGAUAAGCUUUCUCCAGCUGAUAUAAUUAAUGUAGGAAGGCAGAAAAAAAACAAUCAUUUUACAUCAAGUACAUUUAAUAUAAAAAGAGCAGUAUCCCUACUUCAUACAAAAUCAUGGCUUUAUUUACUCACAUUUGGAGAAACAUAGCUUGCGUUCUGACCAUCUGUCAGUCCACCAACAAAUAUAACUAUUGACCUUUUUAAUGGAAUGACAAUAUAAUACUAAGUAUAGUUGUGUAAAGUUUAUUUCUAUUGUAGAUAAUUUCUAUGUGAUUCCUUGAUAGACCUCUAACAGUUCAUUAUUACAAGUUAAAACCUUAAUGAAAGUAAGGGCCAUAUGUUUAUUGUGUUGGAUUUUUUCAUUAUUAUCUAUCAGUAUUCUCCUCAACGAAGCUUGACAUCCAUUGAUCAAACAGGUGUAGGUUUACAGGAUUUAGACUAAUCUCAUACAUGUAACUAUAUUCAUAUAUAAGUAAGACAAUCUUUAUAUUUAGUUUAUUAUGACUUGUAUCUUCUGGCUGUAAUACUUGAUUUGUUUAGAAAAAAAUACAUAUUCAACAGUUUUUUGAAUGGUAGACUGGAAAAGCAAAAUUUAUUAUGUAGUUAUAUUAUUUUAAGGUUCUUUAACCAAUUUGAAGUUUUCUUGAUCUAGUCUGUUUUGUUCAUUGAUGAUAAAGCUUAUGCUGUAUAAACUGAAGUAACACUAAAGUUAUCAGCAUAAAAUUAAUUAUUAGAAAAGCAGGGAAUACAUGUUUUGCAUGUAAAAUCAUUUUGUAUGAACUUGUAUCAUUUCUGAGGGAUUAUUAAUUUAUAUAUGUAAACUUAGGUCACAGAGAAAUAUAUUGAUGUCUUACAGUAAUUAUUAUAUAAAACCUCUAUCUAACAGUAUACUUUUUGUAAUAGUUUAGGGGAAGCAGGAAGCACUAUAGUAAGAUGUGGAGUAUACCAGUAAUUGUUUUGUAUACAGGUUAUACUGUUUUGUUAUCUAUAUACUUAUGUUAUAUUGCAUGAUUGUCAAUACCCAAUAAAAUAUAUACCUAUAUC